AACGUUGAACUCCAAAGCACACGAAGCCACUCCCAUCAGUUCAUCGCAGGAUGCACAGCGUCAAGUCAUGGACCAAAAUGACAAUGACCUUCAAGGAACUGAUGGUUCGGGAUCCCUUGGAGGUCUUGAUGUUCGCAGACAGAUCCCAAUCAAGUUACUGUCAAAGCAGACGGAAAGAGGCAAGCUGCCCGCCCGACCUCAGCGUCCCAACACCAGGCUGCCCUCAAAAAGUGAAGAAGAGACGUUCGGCUAUAACCAAGAGGAAAGAUUUGAGUGUAAAUCUGGAGAUGCAUAUGGAAACCAGCGCAGAUUCCCUCAGCCGAUCUUCUGGGAUUAUAAGCUCAACUUGGUAGGAGUAAAAGAUGACACUCCAGUUCAUUUUUGUGACAAGUGUGGUCUGCCCAUAAAGAUUUAUGGGCGAAUGAUUCCAUGUAAGCAUGUUUUCUGCUAUGACUGUGCAGUGCACUACGAGAAGAAAUGUGACAAGAUGUGCCCUGGUUUGUCCCUCUACAGCUGCUCAGACCCAGUCCAGCGCAUCGAACAGUGCCAGCGUGGCUCCCUCUUCAUGUGCAGCAUCGUACAAGGCUGCAAACGCACCUACCUCUCACAGCGAGACCUGCAGGCCCACAUCAACCAUCGCCACAUGCGGGCCAGCAAGACCGGAUCCUCUCGCCCAGAUCCCCCACACCCGACGCUGGCCUCCGACCCACCGGACCGCUUCCGGUUGCCUCCGCCUCCUCACCUGGCUAAAACACACCCUCUCAUUCCUCCCCCACUGCAAGGCCAUGAUACCUACAAUCAUCCACCUCCAGCCUCACCCUCUGAUCUGGGACCCUCCCCACGGCCACUCCCCCCGGAAACCUUUCGAAUUGCCACAGUGACUACACGUAAGCAUAGCAACCUCAUCACAGUGCCCAUUCACGAUGACUCUGGGAGCGCGGGCCCCUCCCCCCGUGAGCCACACCCACAAACACCUCCCGGCCCGCCUCCACACCAUCACCCUGGCGAUUACGGCAGCCAACCAGUGGUGUCCCAUCCGCAUCAUAUCAUGCCUCCACCACAACAACCACAUUACGGGCCUCCGCCACCCCCACCACCCCCUCUCAGCAUCCCCAUGCAGCACCCACCGCAGGGCUCAGCCACACCUCACAUGGUUUACAACCAGGCACCUCCCAUGUCAACACCCCCUCCACCUGGACACAUAAUCACCCAGAUGCCACCCUACAUGAAUCACCCUCCACCUGGUCCGAUUCCCCCAGUCAGUGCGCACCACUACAACCCAAACUCAAUGCCACAGGACCAAGGCACUCUUAGCCCACCUUUUACCCAGCCAGGUGCCAUGAGCCCGGGGAUGUGGCCCAAUCCCCGUGGCCCCCAUCCGCCCCGUAUGCAGGGGCCGCCACCACAAGGACAAAUGCCAGGACCUCACCACCCUGACCAGUCACGAUAUAGACCGUAUUACCAGUAGCGUCCUGGCUUUAUCGGCUCAAUCAGACAGUUUGACCAUAGAUGGUUAACCAUAUCUAGUCUACAGCUUCAACUACACUAAGCUGCGUAGGCUGUUUGUCUUCACUUAAUAUGAUGAUCCCCAUUGCUGGCAUUUUUGUACUAAUGUCCCUCAUUCAGAGAGGUUCCAUGGAAUUAUGAGUAGUGGAAUGAAAAAAAAAAAUCUUUUUUGUUCGAAAGAAUUUAUCAGUUUUGUUUGAAACAUUUACGUAAUGUUGUAUCCAACAACUGCAAUAAAUGAAACUUGAAUUCUGUUUAGAUUUUUGGUUUGAAAUUCAUUACUUUUGGGCACAAAGAUUGAAAAAUGAAAAAUGGAAGUCAUUUACUCACCCUUUUGUGAUUCCAAACCUGUAUAAUCUCUUUUUGUAAUGUGGAACACAAACUAUGAUAUUUGGGAGAUAUUUUGACAGAUUUUUAGCGAACUAUCCUUUGGAUAAUAACAAUUUGGGUUUAUAAAGGCCGGGAUACAUUACAUAACUUUUGCUCAGUUUUACAGUCUGGAUAAGUGUAUGCUAUUCACCAGAAGUCAGAGCCAGUCUACAGAUUUGAGUUGACAGAUUUCACAGAAAUUAAUGUCAUGUAUGAUGGUUACAGAACAUAUAUAUAUAUAUUAGCUUCAGACUUUGAUUCCAUACAGUUGGAGGACAUCAAACUUUAUUUUAAAGGGG